CAGAAAAUGGACAAUGAAAUAUCGUUCUUCCAGCUGUAUAAUGGUACUAAGAUCCCUUCUAUUGGCUUGGGAACUUGGCAAGCUGAUGAUGGUGUUGUUGGAGAAGCUAUAGCCGCUGCCAUCAAGCUUUCCUUCCCAAUUAGCAGAAGCUAAAUCACAUAAGGGAAAGAUAACGAUGAUGAUAAAGGAACCAAUGGAAAAUGAAAGGCAAUGAGAAAAUUUGUGGCCUCAAGGCAAUUGACGAUGAUGAUAAAGGAACCAAAGGCCUCAGCGUUGGGUAUCGUCACAUUGAUUGCGCUCAAUUUUAUGGCAACCAGAAGGAGAUUGGGUCAACACUACAAAAAUUAUUUCAGCAGGGAGUAGUCAAACGAGAGGAGCUGUGGAUAACCUCUAAACUCUGGUGCACUGAUCAAGCACCGGAGGAUGUACCAGAAGCAAUGGAUAGAACUUUGAGGGAUUUGCAGCUUGAUUAUGUCGAUUUAUACCUUAUUCACUGGCCAGUUCGAAUGAAGAAAGGAUCAGUGGGAUUUAAGGUUGAAAACAUUGUGCAAUCCGACAUACCUAGCACUUGGAAGGCAAUGGAAGCUCUAUAUGACAGUGGCAAGGCUCGAGCUAUAGGUGUAAGCAAUUUCUCCUCAAAGAAGUUGGGAGAAUUACUUGAGGUUGCUCGUGUUCUCCCUGCUGUCAACCAGAUAGAGUGUCAUCCUGCAUGGCGACAGGAAAGUUUGAAGGCUUUCUGCAAAUCUAAAGGUGUCCAUGUCUCUGGAUAUUCACCUUUGGGUUCCCCUGCAUGGCUUGAUGGUGACAUUCUUAAGCAUCCAAAUAUAACUAUGGUAGCCGAGAAAUUAGGAAAGACUCCAGCACAGGUAGUUCUUCGAUGGGGAUUACAGGUGGGGCACAGUGUGCUUCCCAAGAGUUCUAAUUUGGCAAGGAUAAAGGAAAAUUUUGACAUUUUAGAAUGGUCUAUACCAGAGGAUUUGCUUCCUAAAUUUUCUGAGAUUCCACAGGCAAGGUUGUUAAAGGUUCACUUCUUAACCCAUGAGAGUAAUGGGGCCAGCAUAUCUGAGGAGGAAUUUUGGGAUGGAGAUAUCUGAGAAGUCAUCAGUGUUGAAUAAACUCUUGUGAAAGUUUGAAUUUGUAUGUGAACAAAUUGUUGAAUUCAGUUAUGCUUCAGGCAUUUUUCAUGAUAAUACUCGAAAAUAAUAAUUUUAAGGAAAAUUUUUGGCCUGUACCAAAGUUAAGAUGACCUAUUCACA